AUGGUGAACUUCUACAGUUUGGAUGGCAUAACAACAACUCCAGCAAAGGAAAUCAGAUACCUAGGCACCUAUAUAACCGCAACACUAAACAGAAAUAAUACAGUGCAUGCACGUUGCAAACAAGCACUCAAAAAUGCCAAAAUACUCAAAAAACUCAUAGAGGAAUCCCGCAUGGAAUGGCAAACAAGACGAUUGUUGUAUAAAAUGGUAAUAGAACCAACAAUGAUAUACGGCCUCAAAUGCGCGGCCAUAACAAAAGCCAACAGAGCAAAACUAAGAAGAUAUGAACGAAUAAUACUACGAGACUUGCUUAACAACACCGGCCCACACCACACAAAGAUACAUGAAAUCUUAAAUGGCAAAACAGUCACAAAGAGAAUUAAAUGCCUACGAAUGUGCUACUAUGGCCAUAUCCUCCGGCGCCCAACCCCGCAUUUGCUAAACGCGGCUUAUCAAUACCAAGCAAUAAAACUAAAAGUGGGACGACCCAUCUUUACUUGGAUAGACUCUCUAACACAAGACAUGAAAUAUUACAACAAAAAUCCCACAGAAUGGGCAGAUAUCGCGAUAAACAAAACAGAGUUUAUCAAAGCAGCUCAAGAAAUCUACGAACUCGCAGAAACCGACAGUGAACCAGAAGAAGAACUAUGA